AUGGAGGGCGCUGAGAAUGAAAGAAUAGAGAGAAUCAACAGAACAAACUUGAAUGCCAUCAAGAAGAUCACCGACAACACUGGUGAGAAGGUUGCCGAGGCAUUUGAGCAGUUCCUGGAGGAGUUCACGUUGAACCAGCCUCUAGAACACACAACACAGACGGAGAAGCUGCUGCACGAGAGGUUUGAAGGGAGGAUAUAUCUGGCCAAGCUGGAGGCCAUGAAACAGAACGAGACAAACUCAUUGUUCAUUGACUACACACAUAUACUUACACGUGAAAACGGUGUCCUGGCCACUGCUGUGACUGAACAGUACUACAGAUUCUUACCAUUCUUACACAAGGCGUUGAGGAAAGUUAUCAGAAGACACGUGCCAGGGUUGUUGAGAACAGGGUUCUCGUCGGGAGACUCAGAGAUAGACACUGGCGCCUCGACAGCGUCAAAUUUUGAUGAAGUUGAAAGGGUGUUCCAUAUUGGGUUCUACAAUCUGCCUUUGGUGCAAAAGAUCAGAGACAUCAGAGCAGAUCAAAUCGGCUCGCUCUUGUGUAUCUCAGGUACAGUGACAAGAACAUCUGAGGUUCGUCCAGAGCUAUACAAGGCAACUUUUAGUUGUGAUCAGUGCAGGGCAGUUGUUGAAGGUGUUGAACAGGUGUUCAAGUACACAGAGCCUACCCAUUGUCCAAACCCACAAUGUUCAAAUCAAUCGAUGUGGACUUUGAACAUUGCCAAAUCUCAAUUCACAGACUGGCAAAAGCUCAGGAUUCAAGAGAAUUCAAACGAAAUUCCUUCUGGUUCCAUGCCGAGAACUUUUGAUAUCGUCCUCAGAGGUGAUAUUGUAGAGAAGGCCAAACCUGGUGAUCGGUGUAAAUUUACAGGUAGUCCAAUUGUCUUACCAGAUUUGUCGCAGUUGGGAUUGCCUGGUGUUAAACCAAGCUCUGUGAGAGAAGGACAGAGAAACGAAGGUUUAAAUUCAGGUGUCAGUGGACUAAAAGUACUAGGUGUGAGGGAUCUCACUUAUUCCAUAGCAUUCUUGGGUAAUUACGUUGCCUCCUUGGUAACUAACGGCUCAGGAGAGAGCUACGAGGAUAACUCUGACGAAACCUUGGAUGCAGAUCAAGAACAAUUUUUGGAGAAUUUGACCGAUGCUGAGAAGAACGAACUAAAGGAGAUGUUGGAGGAUCCUCAUAUCUAUUCCAAAUUGGUGGCGUCUAUUGCACCAGCGGUUUAUGGACAUGAAAUUAUCAAGAAAGGUGUAUUACUUCAACUGCUUGGUGGAGUCCACAAGAAAACAGUCGACGGUAUCAAAUUAAGAGGUGAUAUAAACGUAUGUAUUGUCGGUGACCCAUCAACGUCCAAGUCCCAGUUCCUAAAGUAUGUGACCAAUUUCGCACCAAGAGCUAUUUACACUUCUGGUAAGGCUUCCUCCGCCGCAGGUCUUACGGCAGCGGUGGUUCGUGAUGAAGAAACGGGUGAAUUCACCAUCGAGGCUGGUGCUCUGAUGCUUGCAGACAACGGUAUCUGUUGUAUCGAUGAAUUUGACAAGAUGAACGUUUCAGAUCAAGUUGCCAUCCACGAGGCCAUGGAACAACAGACGAUCUCUAUUGCAAAGGCUGGUAUCCAUGCAACUUUGAACGCUAGAACUUCAAUAUUGGCUGCUGCCAACCCUAUCGAUGGCCGUUACAACAGGAAAGUCGGGUUGAGGGCUAACCUGAACAUGACUGCUCCUAUCAUGUCAAGAUUUGACUUGUUCUUUGUCAUUUUAGAUGAUCCUAAUGAGAGAGUGGAUACGCAGUUAGCAAGCCAUAUAGUUAACUUGCACAUGAUGCAAGACGAUGCCAUUGAACCUCCAUACACUGCUGCCGAGGUUUUGAGGUAUAUCAAGUACGCAAGAACCUUCAAGCCAAAAAUGACUAAGGGUGCUAGAAGAUUACUCAUUGAGAAGUACCAAGCACUUAGAGCUGAUGACGCUCAAGGUAAAGGAAGAAGCUCUUACAGAAUUACAGUGCGUCAACUGGAAUCCAUGAUUAGAUUAUCAGAAGCCAUUGCCAGAGCAAGUUGUUCUAAUAAAAUUGAUGAACCUAUUGUCGGUGAGGCUUUCGACCUUCUGAGGCAAUCUAUUAUUAGAGUGGACUUUGACGAUGUUGACUUAGCUGACGAUGACGAUGAUGCAGACGCAGAUGCAGGGGACGACGAUGAGCACCAUGAUGUCGACGAUGCUGAGAUGGGUAACACUGAAAAGGAGCAGGAAGUUACAGAAGAACCUGAACAACCGCAAACACCACAGGAAAAGGCACAGAAGAAGACCAAACUUGCCAUCCCAUACGAAAAGUUUGUCGAGAUCAGAAACGCAAUGGCCUACAUGAUUGCAGAGGAGAAGAAGGAUGAACACAGACAGCCAAAGGGUCUCACUGCAGACGAUCUCAUCAAGGGAUACCUGGAUGGAAUUGAAGAUAAGAUAGAGACCGAGGCAGAGUACCGUAAGGAGGCUAAAAUCGCUAGUAAAGUUCUCAAGAGACUCAAGAAGGAUAGAACCUUUUUGGAGAUCCGUGGUGAGAUUCCUGAUAUCGAGCAAGAAUCACCUGAAGAUUUACAAUCGGGAAGAACAGUUUACGAUAUCAACCCAAACAAUGCGAUCUAUGACUUCUUCUCUGGGGAACAAGAAGAGGAAUAG